AUGACGGCCAUGGGCGCAUAUCUUUCGCACGCGAUUCCUACUCCCGCCUCACAGCCACAUGGACCCUUAGCGGCGCUUCGUGGGACCGACCACGACGGGACCGAAGAAGAGGCGCAGCGGAAGAAGCGAGUAGAGUCGGUGGGAAUCUAUUCCAGCGGAGUUGGAACAUUGUCGAGACGUCGGUUCGCGGAGAUCUCACAGAAGGUUCGAACCAUGCGGCCGUACCUCAUCGUCAUCGUUCUGAUCUUCCUCGCGAGUACGACGCUCGCGAGAUACCAUGAAAAGACGCGUUUCGAUCGAUCUGUUCACGAGUAUGAGAUAAGAGAUGCAGAAAAUAAUCGUGAAGAGAAACAAUGGUCUUUUACUGACGAUGUAACGCAAUUCGUUGCGUACAAGAGCAGGAAGGAGAACGAUUGCUAUCUUGAAAAUAUAAAACAGGGUCAGAAUGCGUCACGUAAGAAGCGGCAAUCCAAGAUACUCUAUGCGUCGACAGCCCUCACGAAACUGGAGGCGUGGCGACUUGCUGGGGGUCGAAUCGCUGAUUUCUGCAACGGACGCAAUAUCCUUUUGUUACAAGCAACGAGACCUGUGCCGGGGCGUACUCUCGAUCCUUUCUUCAAUGAAAUCCCUGUAGAUGAAAAUGAUAUUUCGUCAAAACGCGUAGCUGACAUCGUUCUAACACCGCUAAGAGCCCGGACGAAACGACAGAUUCAACUCGAGCAACGAGAAAAAUCAAACAAAAAUGUCGAUCGAAUUCGACAACGUCGACAAACGAAUCAGUUUCGAAGGAAGUUUCGUGGACAGACGCAAUCUCAAUAUCUGAAUCUCGGUAACGAUGAAAAAAAAGAGGGCAAGGCCGAAGCCGAAGCCACUCAGCAAUCUUCGCGCGCAGUAGUUAGUGGUAGUCGCGGUAUGGGUCAAGCGCAAAGUAUGUCAUCGGGUGGCACCGGUUGCGAAGAUUGUCCUGGAUAUCCUGGAUAUGUUGGAUAUCCUGAAGGGAAACCGGAUAAGGUACAAGUUCCACCGAUAGGUACUGGAACACCUGGUAUUACGCAACCUGGAACAGGAAUCAUUCCUGGAGUCACAACUUACCCUGGCGGGCAAAUAACAUAUCCAACUGGAGUGGUACCUGGGGAAGUUAGCACCUACCCUGGAAUUCUCCCUGGAAGACCAGGGACUUAUCCUGGAGGUGUUCGUCCUGGAAUUGAGACACCAGGAGUUGACGGAACGUAUCCUGGAGGUGUCCGUCCUGGAACUGUGGCACCAGGAGCUAACGGGAGGUAUCCUGGAGGUGUACGUCCUGGAAUUGUGACACCAGGAGCUGAUGGAACGUAUCCUGGAGGUGUCCGUCCUGGAAUUGUGACACCAGGAGUUGAUGGAACUUAUCCUGGAGGUGUUCGUCCUGGAACUGUGAUACCAGGAGUUGAUGGAACGUAUCCUGGAGGUAUCCGUCCUGGAACUGUGACACCAGGAGCUGAUGGAACGUAUCCUG